UUGGAGGGCAUUAAGAAUCUGUAAUCAGUAUCUGGUCUCCGCUGCCGCCUUCCUUCUUUCACUCGCACGAAGCCGCCACCGCCACAACAAUGUCUAUCCUUCUCCCCACCAAUUUACAAAAAUGCCCUUCUCCCUCCCUCUCCCUCUCCCCCUCCCCUUCCCCUCCAAUCCACUCCCCGUCUCCUUCCUCCGCCUUCUCCUACCUGGGAACUCGCCGUAGAUGCCUCAGAUUCGUCACUUCCUCCGUCGCCUCCUUACAAUCCUCCGUCGCGAACGGUUCCGCCCCCGCCGCCGUUGUUGUGGAGAGAGGCCAGAUUCGUCUUGGUCUCCCUAGUAAGGGACGCAUGGCCGCCGAUGCCAUCGAUCUUCUCAAAGACUGUCAACUGUUUGUCAAACAAGUCAAUCCUAGGCAAUACGUUGCCCAAAUUCCCCAGUUACCGAACACUGAAGUCUGGUUCCAACGGCCAAAAGACAUUGUUAGGAAGUUACUCUCAGGAGAUCUGGAUCUUGGUAUCGUUGGUCUUGACACUCUUAGUGAGUAUGGCCAGGGAGAUGAAGAUCUUAUCAUUGUCCAUGAAGCUCUCAACUUUGGAGACUGCCAUCUCUCCAUUGCGAUACCCAACUAUGGGAUUUUCGAGAACAUUAAAUCUCUCAAGGAGCUAGCGCAAAUGCCACAGUGGAGUGAGGAGAGACCAUUGCGUGUUGCUACUGGCUUCACUUAUCUCGGACCGAAAUUUAUGAAAGAAAACGGUAUACAGCAUGUGGCCUUUUCAACUGCAGACGGAGCUCUCGAGGCAGCUCCGGCGAUGGGUAUAGCUGAUGCCAUAUUGGACCUUGUGAGUAGUGGGACUACACUCAAAGAGAAUAACUUAAAAGAGAUUGAAGGAGGCGUUGUGCUGGAAAGUCAGGCGGUUCUUGUGGCAAGCCGAAGAGCAUUGACCGACAGAAAAGGAGCAUUAAACACAGUACACGAGAUUCUGGAGAGAUUGGAGGCCCAUCUGAAGGCAGAUGGCCAGUUCACUGUUGUUGCCAACAUGAGAGGAAAUAGUGCUGAGGAAGUGGCUGAGCGCGUGUUGAGCCAACCAUCAUUGUCAGGACUGCAGGGACCAACAAUAAGCCCAGUUUAUUGUAAACAAGAUGGACAAGUAUCGAUUGACUACUAUGCCAUUGUGAUUUGUGUGCCAAAGAAGGCCUUAUACGAGUCAGUGAAGCAACUCAGAGCGGUUGGAGGCAGUGGGGUAUUAGUUUCACCUCUUACCUACAUUUUUGAUGAGGAUACUCCAAGAUGGGGUCAACUCCUGACAAACCUCAAACUUUAAAUGUAUUGGUAAAGAAGAUGCAUACGAUGAACAAGUUUUAAGAAGACCCUUUGGUUUAAAUCUUUGGGUUCGUACCUUUUUGUCAACUUUAUAGUUCUGUCUUCUUUUUUUUCUCGUUGCUGUUGUAACUUUUACCUUGCUUUUUCUGUAUGGAUCCUACACAUUGUUGUUUUAUCUGUUGGAAACAAAAAUAAAAGAUGCUGUUUUCCUGCUGCU